AUGCGAUUCGGACGACGGAUUCUAUUUCAAUUGGAAAAUCAUUGGAAUUGGAUGGACGCUUAUUAUGAUCGGUGUUUGCUAUCUGCAACCAAAAUUGAAACAUCAACAACCGUACAAAGUUGGCCGAUGAUCAAUCAUGAACGAUGCGAUUAUUGUGAGGAUGUCAAUCAAAUAUUUGAAAUUCAUGAAAAUUUUACUGAUGGCAACAAUCGACAUAGCUUGAUGGAUCGAAUUACAUUUCUUAUUACCAACAAAUUGCCCUUCAUUUAUCAUGAUGAAAAUUCAGAUGAAAUUCGAUCCUGGCCAAUACGAAAGAAUUUCAAUCGUACAACCGAUUUUAAAAUGCUUUAUAAUGAAACAAACUUUGAUGGCCAUGGAAUUUGUAUGUUUCGUUCAAGUUUGAUCAAUGUUAAUAACCCUUAUCAAUUUUUCAAUGAAAUUGAUGAAUACGAAAAGCAACAAAUUGAUAGAUCUUGGUUCGUACAUUGGGAAAAUUGUGCAUUAAAAGAGAUUAAAAAAAUUCGCCGCCUUUAUCGACGACCUUCGAUUUUUCCGCCAAUGAUUGAAUUUAGUAAACCAAAUUGGCUUCUUUUGUCAGUACAUGAUAACAAUAAAACGAUUAGGCGGACAUUCAAAUCGAUAUUACCAUCACGACAGAUUGAUUUUUUAGUCGUCAUACAGAUACAAGGCCAAAUUGAAUUGUAUUUACAAACAGCCAUCAAUGAUUGCCAAAAUAUUUGCAAACAAAAUUCUGUAAAAUCAAUUUUUUUGUCAGCAUAUCGUUCAAUUGUAAUCAAUCCUAAAUAUUGGCGAUUAAGUUAUCGUCCAUCAUUAUCAAUUAAGGAUGAAAAAUGGAAAAAUGAUAUCACAAAUUCUACUAUGAAUCUUUCACUCAUAUUAACCGGUAUUAUUGUUUGAUUAAUAAGUUAAAUAUUUUAUUGUUUGAGAAAAAAAAUCUGAAAAAAUUAUUUAAU